AUGUUUAUUGACAAAAAUGGUAAAGAACAUUACAAAUGCAAGGCAUGUGGUAACAAUUGGGCAAAAAAUGCCACUCGAUUACAAGAACACUUAGAUACAUGCACUUUAUGCAAGAUAAAUGAAUCUUCAAAUGUUAAUAAAAAGCAAAAACUUACAAAUCUGGAUAAUUUUACAAAGCAAGACCAAAUUGAAUUAGAAACUUUACUUGCACCUUGUCCUUUUUUUAAUAUACCAUCGCAUCAUGUUCUUUCUGAUUUACUUCUAAAUAAAGAAUAUAAAAAUCAACAAGAAGUUGUUCAAAACAUUCUUGAUGAAACGCCUUAUCAUUGUUUAGUAAGUGAUGGAAGACCUAUAUCGGUUAAAGAUCUUCAAGAAACAUGCUUAAAUAAUCAAGAACAAAGCAAUAUUCUUGAUAAUGAAGAGGAAAAUCAAUGCAUUAUUCUUGAUAACAGAGAGGAAAAUAAUUUUUUAAAUUUUUCUAAUAAAAUUCUUUAUAUGUUUGAUGAUAAUGAUACAUAUGACUCUGAUAAUUAUAACGAAGAAUAA